UCUCCUGGUUUAAGGCUAAUCAAGACUCAAAAGAGUCAAUUGUGAAGAGAUCCAUAAUUUUUAGGGAGAGAAACUUCAUGAGUAUCUUCAACCAAGGAAACCAGACCGAUUUUGAUAUCUGGGACUCGAAUGGUGAGGAAGACCACCCUAACGUGUUUCCAGGCAUGAUAGCGGGGGAUCAGAAGAAAGUCAAGAAUUCUAGGAGCAUUCAGGCAAUCAAGAUCAAGACAAUGGUCCCCUCAGUUAAGGAGAAAUCUAAGAAAUAAAGGAAGAAACUAUAACACGAGUUUUAUCCCAAUCAAGCCUACAGUGUACUCUGACAUUGGCUUAGAUGUAACUCGAACAGCUGAGGAUGUGAGUCGAAAGAUUAGCCUCCAUAAUCAGUUCAUGCGUAUGAAGACCAAUAUUACUGGUAACAUGAGCUCAUUGUUCCAUAAAAAUCCAACUUUUCAAAAAAGAGUGAGGAAAAUAAAUAGGAAAUCUCGUUUCAGUAGUACCUUCUUCAGGCCUAGAAACAUGAAGACUAAGUCUUUAUCUGAUCUCCAAGGUUCAGGAGGAAAUAAAGAAAUUAUCCAGCAAAAUUGAGAGGCUCCUGAGGAAAUCACUAAAACUGUACCUAUUAACAAGGAAAAAUAAGACGAAAUUGACUAUACAUCUAAGGGAAAGAGCCGAAGAGUCUUCAGCUUGAGGGUCUAAUCACCCCACAGAUUACUCUGGAGACAGUACCAAGCAUAGGAACAAGAGCUUGGAAUCUGCUGACUUACAGAAGCCCUUCAUGAACUCACUUACAACAGUGAUGAACUUUAUUAACAAGCGAAAGCGAAAGAGUCUUUUUGAAGAUGGAAUUAAUGACGACUUAAAAAUAGCGAAUCCUGUGUAUUACAAGUCUAAGCAGGAGUCUGGUCUAGAGUGCUUUGAUCCUGCUAAUAAUUCCAAUCUGUUCUUCAAAUCCAUCUAUCCCAGCAGUCAUACUUAUAAGCUGAACUUUAAUUUUGCAAAGAGCAAGCGGAAAAUCGCCCUGCGACCUGAAGCGCUUAGCCAAGUCAAAGUCAUGAAGCUGAGGAAGAUCAUGAGAGAGCGACUAGGAAUGGGCAGGAAAAAGAAGAGGAGAGAAAGCAGUCUCGGAGUGACUGGGAAGAGACUUAAGUAACAUCU